AUUCAAAGACCAUCCAGUUUGCCUCAACUUCAACAAUUUCCAUUUCUUUGCCAUCAAUCAUUUCACAAUAUCUUCAAAAUACUGAUACAUCACUCAAGAAUGAUUCAGUUCAAGUUGUCUCCUCAAUUGCCGAAAGUAAGAAUUCAAAUAGUGAUGCAGCUGUCAUUUCAUCCAUUGUUUCUUUGGUUUUAUUGAAAUCAAGUUCAAGUGAAAAGAUUACAGUUCAAAAUCUUGAAAAACCAAUUUCACUAUCGUUUGAGAAUGUUACUCUAACAGUUUCAAGUAUUGAAACUUUGAAUAUUUCAUGUGUUUAUUAUGAGGAGAAUUCUAAAGAAUGGAAAUCAGACGGAAUGGAAACUGAGAUUAAAAAUUUAGAAAUUCACAACCUUGCAGAUGGAAAUAUCACAUUAACACUCUCCAUCCUAUGUAACACCAAUCACUUGACUUCAUUUUCUGUAAUUGACCAAAAUUACAAGAAGGCAGCCACCAAACCAACACCUCAACCUGCUCAAUCAAAUCAACCAACCAAGGAUGCUGAAAUACUUCAAGAUAAUACUGUUUUAAUUGGAGCUAUUGUAGGCGCAGUUGGAGGAGUAUGUGUAAUUGCAGUUGUCAUCUCAAUAAUUAUUAUUGCUGUUUGUUUAUUAAGAAAGAGGAAGAAAGAGGAAACAAAUUAA